CUCUCGGAGUUCAGACGCUUACCAGAACAUACCUUCUUACUUCCUCAUUUUACUACCUUUGUUAGCAAAACUCAUCUCGCUAACUCCUUCGCCCUCCAAAACUCUUUGCCUCUUCUUCAUUUGAAUCAGAACAAAAAACUACCAUACCCUCUUUACACUCGGCCAUCUCAUUAUCAUUUUAUUCACUCACAGUCUCUACCCGGCCAAAACCCGAGCUAAACCCUGAAUCCCUGUUGAGCAGCGAUUAAUCUCACUCCGCCGCACUGCUCGGUGUUCGAUCAUAUAUGGACUUUCUGAAGGAGCUGGAAGGAAAACGAGUACAUGAUCCUUUGAUUCAUUUCCAAUCCAAAACAGACAUGGCAGAUGCCAAAACGACAAGGCGUAUAUGGGUUCCCGGACCGGUGAUAGUGGGAGCAGGACCUUCCGGCCUAGCCGCCGCAGCUUGUCUGAAGGAAAAAGGUAUUCCGAGCUUAAUCCUCGAAAGGGCCAACUGCAUAGCUUCGUUAUGGCAGCUGAAGACUUACGACCGUCUCCGUCUUCAUCUCCCAAAACAGUUCUGCGAGCUCAUUCUCAUGCCAUUCCCUGCAGAUUUCCCAACCUACCCGACCAAACAGCAGUUCCUUGGUUACUUAAAGGCUUACGCAGAGCGUUUUGAUCUAAAGCCGGCUUUCAACACGACGGUGGUGAGUGCCAAGUACGACAGUCACUCCGGUCUUUGGCUGGUUAAGACUUUGGGGUUGAAAACAGAGGAGGAGAUUGAGUACGUUUGUCAGUGGCUGAUAGUCGCCACCGGAGAAAAUGCCGAGGAGGUUGUGCCGGAGUUUGAAGGAGCCAGUGACUUUGGUGGGACCAUUGUUCAUACGAGCUCUUACAAGAGCGGCGAGCUGUUCCAGGGAAAGAAGGUUUUAGUUGUUGGAUGUGGGAAUUCAGGCAUGGAGGUUUGCUUGGAUCUCUGCAACUAUAAUGCAAAGCCCUCACUUGUGGUUAAAGAUUCGGUGCACAUUUUGCCGCAAGAGAUACUGGGAAUAUCGACUUUUGGGCUGUCGAUGUGGUUGCUCAAGUGGUUUCCCAUGCGCCUUGUGGAUCGCUUCUUGCUUCUCGUCUCACGCUUUCUGCUUGGCGACACAACUCGCUUUGGAAUCAACCGUCCUCAGCGUGGCCCUCUCGAGCUCAAGUCCGUCUCCGGCAAGACACCUGUGCUCGAUGUUGGAACCGUCGCUAAGAUCCGAAGUGGUGAUAUCAAGGUGCGCAAGGCGAUAAAGCAAGUAAAACAUCAAUCCGUGGAGUUCGUAGACGGAAAAGUGGAGAGUUUCGACGCCAUAAUUUUGGCAACAGGUUACAGAAGUAAUGUGAUGUCAUGGUUGAAGGAAACGAGCAUGUUUAAUAAAAAAGAUGGAUUGCCGCGGAAGGCAUUUCCAAACGGAUGGAAAGGGGAGAGCGGGUUGUAUUCUGUGGGGUUUACACAGCGUGGGUUGCUAGGGGCUUCUCUGGAUGCAAAGAGAAUUGCAGAAGACAUCGAGUAUCGCUGGAAAGCAGAGAAGGCCACCCACAUCAUGCCCCGCUUGGUCACUUGUGCUUGUGCUUGUCCACUAGCACAACCCUAGCUCGCUCGUCCUUCAAAGAAUGUAGAUUAAAGAACUAUAUUAAUCAAGGUCCCUUUAAAGUGCAAGAGGAACAAACAAAAGAAGAAUAAAAGUUGUGGGACAUUUCUAAUCAUGCAAGUGAAGUACUUAGGGAGGUCGGAUUUAGAAAAGUUUAGUUUUUGGGAGGGAGGGGUAAUUUGGGUGUAUCUUCACUAUCUUGUAUAUUGUUACUUUUUUA